AUGCCCAUCUUCUCCCGCACCAACAAGGACAGCCUGCCGACCCUGCGCAACAUGGUCAACCUCUCCACCAUUCUCACCCCGACCAAGGGCGCCUGGCUCGACACGACAUCCUCGACGGCCACGACGACGACCCCGCGAACGACGGCCACCACGAGGAGCCUGCCGCGCAUCAACGUCAACGGCCUCGACCACCACCCCGAUCUCCUCGACGACGUCAUCUCGCCCAUCCUCGCCCGCACCGACAUCCCGAGCUUCUACACCAACGACCCCCGCAACAUUGACAUCAACAAUGCCUGCAUGGACAAGCUGCGCCGCACCUUCGACGACCUCCUCAAGCGCCGCUCCAUGAUCCGCCGCGAGACGACCAUAUCGCGUGACCAGUUUGUCGCCUGGCUCGAGAGCAUGCAGGGCGAGAGUCCCGCCGACGUGGAAAAACACCUGCCCGAGGACAAGGAUCGCUACACCCAGGGCGAGUUCCUCGAAGCCUGGCUCAUGCGCUUCGACUGGGACGCCGAGCGCCCGGCCUGUCCCGACAAGGACACCAGCCGGCCCAUCACAAACUACUUCAUCAGCAGCAGCCACAACACGUACCUCGAGGGCAACCAGCUGGCCUCCAAGAGCUCGCCCGAGGCCUACAGGGAGGUCCUGUCCCGCGGCUGCCGCUGCAUCGAGAUUGACGUCUGGAACGGCGACACCGUGGCCGCCGCGUCGGAGACGACUCGAUCCAAGAGCCCGCGGCCCGAUCACAGCCGCAACCUCUCGGGUGCCUCCUUCGCCAACGUCGCCGCCAUCUCCGGCGACAAGCUCGACGGCGGUGCCGUCGCGGUGCCGCCGUGCCCGCCGAGCCCGCGCUUGCCGUACCCCAAGAACGAGCCCAUUGUGACCCACGGCUGGACCCUGACGACGCCAUGCGGCUUCCGCGAGGUCUGCGUCGCCAUUCGCGAGUCGGCUUUCGUGACCAACGACUUGCCCAUCAUCAUCAGCCUCGAGGUGCACGCCGACCACCAGCAGCAGGAGCUCAUGGUCGCCAUCAUGAAGGAGGAAUGGGGUGCUAUGCUGAUCGACAGGGCCAUGGACGGCCUUGACCAGAGGUUCCGCGUGCCGAGCCUCGAGGAGCUGCGGGGCAAGAUCCUCAUCAAGUGCAAGAAGCCGCCCAAGAAGAUCGAGGUGCCGCUCGGCCCGGCGCGAUUGACCAAGAGCCGGACGCAGGAGGACGACACAUCGGCGUCUGACGAAGAGAACGCAAGCCAACAGCACCACCACCACCCUUCGGGCGCCGCGCCCAAGAGCCCUCCGCCCACGACCGGCGCGCCGCCCAAGGCGGCCAAGGUGCCCGUGUGCGCGGCGCUGGGCGAUCUCGCCAUCUACACGCACAGCGAGCACUUCAAGGGCUUCGAGACGGUCUCGAAGAAGCCGAGCCACAUCUACUCCAUCGCCGAGAGCAGGAUCCUCGAGCUGUACGCGACCAUGCAGAGCGCCGUCUUCACGCACAACAAGAACUACUUUAUGCGCGCCUUCCCCAACGGCGCCCGCUUCGACAGCUCCAACCCGGACUCGAGUCUCUUCUGGCGCAAGGGCGUCCAGAUGGUCGCCCUCAACUGGCAGUACCUGGACGAGGGCAUGAUGCUCAACGAGGGCAUGUUUGCCGGCGAGCAGGGCUGGGUGCUCAAGCCGCCGGGCUACCGGACCGCGGACAAGACGUGCUUCGCGCAGGCAGACGCCCCGCACGCCGGCACGUUGAUGCUCUCCAUCUCGAUCCUCGCCGGCCAGCACAUCUGGGCGCCGGAGUCUACAGAAAGCGACAGCGGCUGGAGUGGCAGGAACCUCCGGCCCCUGGUCAAGUGCGAACUCCACGUGGAGCGGCCGGGGAGCGGCAAUCGCGUGACAGGCGGGAGCGGCGGCACGUCGUAUGAUGGCAAGUACAAGCUGGAGACGGCGCCGAUGAAGACGAGUCAUCCUGAUUGGGGCGACAAAGGCGAGCUCCUCAAGUUUCCGCUUGUUCCCAGGGUGGUGGAGGAGCUCAGUUUUGUGAGGUAA